CGCAUCGAGGGCAACAACAACGAGGGCACCCUCUUCGAGGGCUGCAUCACCUCGGGCCCGGCCAACAUCACCACCCCGUCCGGCGGCACGCACCUGUGCGACGGCACCAACAACAACAACAACCCGGCCCCCGGCGCGACCCUGACGACCGACAUCGCCGCCGCCGGGGCGCAGGAGGGCUUCGACUUUGACGGCACCUACAGCAACCAGUUCCAGGACUUCUUCAUCCAGCGCAUCGGCGCCUCGGCCCAGACGAGCAACCAGUUCUGGGGCGUCAUGCGCGACCGCGUCUUCACCUCGGCCGGCGGGUGCCAGGAGCAGGUGAUCCCCGGCACCGAGGGCCUGUGGGCCUUUGACGCCUUCAACGCCAACGCGUUCCUCAGGCUCAGCCCGGCGUACCAGGUCGUCCGCGCCCUCGAGACGCUGUCCGUCACCGUCACCGUCACGGGCACCAACGGCAACGGCGGCGACGACUACCCCGUCGGCGGGGCCACCGUGGGCGGGCAGACCUCCGACGCCAACGGCAGCGUCCAGAUCCCCGUGCCCCUGACGCCCGGGUGCUACCAGUACAAGGCCCUCCGCAGCGGCGCGAUCCGCAGCAACGUCUUCUACCUCACUGUGCUGCCGGCCAAUCCCUGA